AUGAAGCACGACCACCGCCAUGGGGACGUAGCCGCACCGGUAGAUCAGUAUUCGCCUCUGAGGAUGGAUCAAAGCGAGGGCCCAGAAAUCUGGUUCCACCACGGCUCCCACCUCCUGGUUUCAAGCUCAAUACAGUCUGGUCAGCCUGAAAAACUUAACGAAAACAAUAUAGUGUUUGAGGCAAGUUCAGAAAAGAUGAAAGGCUGCAGCGGAACUUACGAUUGGGAAAUCAAGACGGAGACACGGUCCGUGUCUCCGUGGAAAACCCCAUCCUGGCUAAGAUUCUUCUACGUCUGGCGUCUUUCUUGGAGUUGGGGGGUGGUAUCGCUACGAAAGAUGGCUGGAGGAGAAGCUAAAGAGAAGCUCAUCGACGGUUUCAUUGCGGAAAGGCUGAAGGAAGAAGAGAAAAUGUUGCGUGUGUCAGAUGAAAAUUGA